AUGGCAGUAAAGAUGGGUUAUGUUGCCAUGAUGCACUACUUCCUUGCUCUUGGCCUGACCAAGUGCUCCCUACUCCUGUUUCUUAUUCGUCUUGCCCCCAGUACUCGUCUUUCAAAGAUAUCUUGGGGGAUAUUCUACUUUGUCGUCGCAUACACAAUUGCUGCAUUCAUUCUCUCAGCUGUACAUGAUUUGGUUGCUGCCUUUAAGGACGAUUUGGAGCAUCCAGAUGCCAUUGAGACAGAAACUUGUGUUGUUGGUGAUCUUCUCAAUGGGAGUGUUUUGGCCGGUAUUCUGCGUCUCUCUAGCGUUGAGACGUCACUCACUACGACAGAUCCCAUGUGGGAUAAUAUUAACCUCGGAAUAUGGUCGCUAGUCGAAGUUCUGAUUGGUAUCAUCUGUGGUUCCGCCCCUGCUAUUAAACCCCUCUUCUCUAAAUUCCUUCCCGGGCUCCUGGGCAGCUCAAACGCUAUAUCAGACAACAGCAACAACCCCGACCACAACAACCGCAGAAGCAAGAGCAACCGACAUUCACGUCACUUCCCCGGCUCCCUCUCGAGGCAGCAGACAGCAUAUGCGCUUGGGUCCGUUAGUACCAGGCGCGGGAGUGUGAUGGGAGAUGGCAACACAUCGACUGAGAGAUUUGGACCGAGGACGAGGAUUGAAGGACCUAGAACGGCGACAAAGUUGGAUACCACUAGUGAGACAGCUAGCGAAGAGUAUCUACGGGACGGGGAUAUAGAACCAGAGGUGAUCAUGAAGAGUACGGAGGUGCAAGUUAACUUCGAGGAGAGGGUAUGA